UUGUUUUUGGACAUAAAUGUUGCUUCUACGGAUGGCGGAUGACGUGCGUGAAAUGACGAAGUGUAGUCAUUUGUUGGCAGCAGUGUGCGGAGGACGAAACGUAGUGUCAGAAUUUGUUGCGCUUGUAGUGAGUUUGUUGUAGUUGUGUUUUGUUGUGCGAUUUUUUGUUUGUUUACGAGUUUAUAGGUUGCUGGCGCGUCGCGUAGAUGCCGUUGGCAAAUACAUACAUACAAGCACACCUCGUCCCACUGUAACCGCUGAGGGCACAAUUAAAACCAGUUGCAAAGCAAGCCAUUUUUGGUCAAAGGAAAAAGUUCAAAACUAGCAAAAGCAUUUACCAACGAUAAAAAAGUAGCGAAUAAUGCAAAAACAACAAUACAAUGCGUGUAUAACAAAAAUAACAACGUACUUGUAGAAAAAACCGAAAGUUGACUUAAACAGCAAACGAAAAACAAAAGUCAAAAUUUAGCAAAACCAAUACAAAUCUAAAAACUAAGAGAAGAAAGACAAAAGAAAAAUAAACAUUUAAAUUAUUUUAAGUCAAAAGCAGUAAAAAGAGAGCAACAAAAUUGAAAGUGCAUAAACGGCAAAAGCAAACGUUUGGGGAAGGGGCAAGAGGUGAGUGGCUGUGUGGCGGGCAAGAUGUAUCAGAGUGCGAGUUAAAAAUGAGCGUUGAGGUGGACUUGUGUUUGUCUGCUUUGGGGUUUUGUGGAUUAAAGUUUCUAUGGCGCAGUGCAGCAAAGGCGAAGAGCGAACAGUGACAACAAACUGGUUUUCCUAGUGGAUGGCCAACUUGAGCGGAAAAUCAAGAAAACAAUAAGAGCAAUAAUCAUAAUAAUAGUGGCGUUAACUAAGCGCCAAGCAAACGCAAGGCAGCCAACAACAAUAACAAGCAAUGUUGAGAAACAAGAAUUACAUGAAAUGUAAAUCUGCGAGGCAGCAGCCGUGGUGUAAAAAACAGCAACUUAAGGCGAGAGGUGAGUGGUGAGGACAACAACAAAAGCAACAACCAUAAGCAGCAGCAGUGGCCACCACAUAGCAAGAAGAAGAAAAAAGGCAAAAACAAAGACUUUUACAAGCAGCCACACCACCAAAAAAGCUAAAAAGCAAGAGUUAAACCAGCAGCAGCAAGCACCACAGCAACAACAACAAAUAAACACAAGCGCAAUAGCAGUAGCAAAAACUCAAUAGCAGCAACCAUCUCAAACGCCAUUGAGGUCGGCCACAAAAAAAAAAAAAAAAAAAAACAACUCUCACACACACCAAAAAGUCAGUCAGUAAGUCAUCGAGCGAGUUAGCGUGCGGGCGCGUACAAAUGUCGCGGUGUAACUUAAGUCUGUCAGUCACACUGAGGGAGUGAGUGAAUGUGAAUGAAUGGCGUGUAUAGCAGCAGCCGCAGCCACAAUAAUAACAACAACUCAUCGUCAGACACAAUUAUAAAGCAUUUUGAGUAAAUUACUAAAUUUUUGUGUUUUAAGCCAUUGAAAGUGAAUUGCGGCGACAAUUGUCGUUGAAGCAGAUGUAAAGGGUUGCUGGUGGGCGCAUAUUUAAAUGCGAGGCAGCAGCAGCAACAACAGUAAUAGUAACAGCAAACAAGUUGCUUGCGUUUAUAUACAAUUGCAGAUAUAUCUGAGUGCGUGUGUGUAUGUGUAAAUGUGGCAAGCGCCAGGGGCAAUACAGCCGGACGAGAGUUUUUAAUGUGAAAGGUGGGGAAAUGUUGGCGCAAUUUGCGAAAAGCUCUCAAAGUAUUUUAAAAGUGCGUACUUAAAAAGAAGUGAUAACAAAACAACAACAACAGCAAAGACUAAAGUGCAGUCAAGCAGCAAGAUUGUAGCAAUUGUAACUGUAAAAGUGAUUUAAGUGCAACCAUAAACUCACAAACACAACAAAUAAAGAAAGUUGGCAUCGUUUUUGCGCCUCCCGCAUAAUCUAACACUAGACUUCUGAAAAAAAACUCGACAAAAAAUAUGAAAAAUAGUGGCAGUGUUACCAGCACCAACAAGAACAACACGAAGUCACAGUGACAGCUUUGUCAGCAGCAUUGAAAAAGUGCAGCCGGGCCACAAUAGUGACGCAAUGGUAAAAACCCGAUCAAAAGCGAUACAAAAAAAGCAAAAACAAUACUACAAAAAGAUUAAAAACACAAAACGCUCAAGCUGUGCUACUGCACGCCUGGAAAAUUAAAAAAACUGACUAUAAACAAAGAGACCAAAAAUAACAACAAAGCGGAAAAUAAUUUAAAAAAAAAAUCAACAAAAAAUUAAGAAAAUAUAAAGUAUCUACAGCAACAGAAACAACAACAAACCCCACCACCGCAGCUUCGACCUCAUCAACAGCUAACUGGCUGGCAAUACUUGUGACUAUUGUCCUCUUCCAACAACAACGCCAUUAAGUCGACCAUGUCACCACUUGUCAGCAAACUCAGCAAGACUUUCCGUUGGCUACGCUGGUCCACCAUUUGUGCCAUACUCUUCUAUAUGUUCUUCAUUGGACUGAUAUUGCACAGCACCACCUACAAGUUGCAGUAUGCACUCAAAUCGGAGGGGAGUAGCGGCACCACGUUGCAGCGAGGCAAGUCAUCGGAACAACAUCUACAGCAACAAACAGAAGAGUACUUAUACAAGUAUCCAAUGGAAGCAGAAGUAGAAAACGAAAACCAGCAGCAGCAAAGCAAACCAGCCAAAGAGAUGCUAUUGCUGCGGCAUCAUCAAGAGGGAAAGGUGGCAACGGAGUCAGAGUCAAAGUCGGAAAAGAUGGCUAUGGCAGCAGCGGCGGUAGUGAUGCUGGAGCAGUCGAGCGCAGCGAACGGAAAUAAUGUGCUGAAUACACCGCCGGAAGCCGGGCCGGCUACAACAGUCCGGCAACAAAAUGACGAAGGCGACGACAAUGCAGGGGCAGGUGGUGUUGGUACCGUUGUGAGUAACAGCGCAGCUGUCGCUGUGGAUCGAAGUGGCACGCGGCAGCGAGGCGGCAAAUCUAGCGAACCGGAAACUGUUAUUUUAGCAGCGAGCUCCGUAAACGAGAAACAAAUUCUCGAGAAGGCAUUCAAACGUGCCGACCGCGAUCACAACUCUGAGCUGUCAAUACAAGAACUCGCCGUCUACAUCAAUCAAAGGAUCAUCGAUCACAUUGAGGAGGCAAUACAGAAUAACCCACGCGAAUUUCAGCACGUAGACGUAGCGCCCGCAGACGGAUUAAUAACUUGGGAGGAGUACCACCAUUUCUUUCUCAAAGAGCACGGCAUGACCGACGCAGACAUCGAUGAGCACAAUGAAAUCAAACACACUGCAUUGAAUAGGAAAGCGCGCGAAGAUAUGAUGCGCGAUAAAGCGCGUUGGUCGGAAGCGGCGCGCACCGAUCUCUUCAGCUUGACGAUCGAUGAAUAUCUCUCGUUUCGACAUCCCGAAUCGAGUAUAUCAAAUUUACUCGAAUUAGUUGAUGAUUUAUUGCGACAAUUCGAUCAGGAUGGUGAUGAUCAGCUGACGAUCGAGGAGUUCUCCGAAGUAAAUGUAGACGAUGAUGAGGAUUUGCGCAGAAAGUCGCUUAUCUCACAGACAGUGGUGGAGAGGAGAGAGGAAUUUAAACGUAUCAUUGAUAAGAAUAACGACGGCAAGGCAGAUAGAGAGGAGCUGCUGAACUAUGUGAAUCCGAAGACGCCGCGUUAUGCGCUACAAGAGGCAGCGACACUCUUCAGUUUGUGUGAUGAGAAUAAGGACGGGCGACUGACUUUGAAUGAGUUGACUGAGAAUGCGGAGAUUUUCCUCACAUCCAAAAUGAUGGACGCGGCUAACAGUUUUCAUACGGAGUUCUAAGUGCACCACACACACAUAAAUUGUAUAAGUAUUUGUGUUUAUAAAAAGGCGGUCAUAGCGUAGAACUGAGCGUAAAGAAAAUACAACACAAAUGAUUUUCACAGAAGUCAAUUCGUAGCAAUAGAAAAGCACUAUACUCGUAUAUUGCACAGUAUGUACUUGUAGAUGAAAAAGUGUCGAUUAAUUUUUUUUUUUUUUUUUUCUUAAUCAUGAAUUUUAGCUUUUAAUGUAUAUUUUUAUCUAUGGAUUAUUUAAGGAGAACAAAAAACACUGAAAAUUUAAUUUGUGGUCGCUUCAAAAUUUAACUGAAAUUCAUUAGCACCACAAAUAAGAAAAAAUACUCAAAUUAAUAUUAAAAAAAAAAACAAAUCGAAAUGAAAUUAUAGGAAAAGUUUAAAUAAAUCUUGUUAUUAGUUUUAUUAAAAACAAUUUUUUUUGUAUAAAAAAUGUGUACUGUUCUGUAAGGAAAAAUUGGGUUGGUAAGAAAGUAAUUUCGGGUUUAUAGUGUGAAAUAAAACGGAUUAUUUUAUAAAAAAACGAAUUUCGUAUUCACCAUUUGCUGCGCUGAAUAUUUGUCAUGCUUGUGAUAAAUCAAAGAUUUCGCGUUGUUAGUAAUCUGAGUCUUCAGCAGAAAAAACUGAACUAAGUUCGGUACCAGUUUCUCAUCAUUCGAAAGCUCUGCCACUCAAAGAGUUUUGCAAAUUUCGGAAUAAACAGUAAGCUGAUGAGUCCAGGUCAGAAUCACAAAUAUAAUGGCUAAAAUAGUAAAUAGCAAUUUACUACUUAUGCGUUCGAAAUAAGCCGUGGAAUAUUGGAAUUAUACUCUUUUGGGUUCCGGUCACUGAUAAACUGGCUAGACAGAGGACCCUAGAAAUGGUUCCAUCCCAAAAUGAGAGGAUUGGGGUUCCCUUGAAAACCUGUGGUCUGCACCUGGAAAGAGGAACCUCACGUCUACUCAGUGAGCGCUGGCUUAGUGCGCAGACAUGCAAAGUCUCGAGAUCCUUCUGGUCACGGUUAGAUCGAGGGAAAUUCUGAGGCUAACAAAGUCGCAGCUCUCAAAUUUGGAGGGUGUCCAUUCGGCAAGCCUUGGGAUUCCCUGGGCAUACAGGUACACUGUUUGUAGGACGAGGUGGAGUCAUCACACCUGCGGUUAGAGCAGGGUUAAACAUUACGCACCUGGUGAAUUUCAUCAGCAGAUUGAUGCUUUGGUGACACCGUGAAAUGUGUGUAUAACAAGGGGUUACAGAAAGUAGAUAAGGUAAUAUAAGAUAUUGGCAUUAACGUAAACAGGGAGUGCUGCAGUCUUGGACAUUUUUUUAGCCCGACAUCAAAUUCCAUGUCUUCCAACUUUCAAAGCAUCAUCUCUAAUUGGUAGCCGCAUCUAUAAAUUCAUAGAAUCAGCUACACUUUUCCUAAAAAAUAUGUAUCUACAACCAGUGUAGACCGGAUAUUUAGAAAAUAUGUAUUUUAUCAUCCUUUAGCCCUUCUCGGCUUUGUGCCGACUGUAGAUAAAUAGCCCCGUCCGGUGCAAAUGCGAAUGAAGUCAAAUAUAUCCAAUGAGACAACCAGUGAACAUUCUUAACCCAGCUCUACUCAACCGGGCAAGGAAAUGAGUAUACCAACACAAUUCUUAAUUCAAAUUUUCAUGGCCAAGCGCCGUCAUCAUUACUGAGUUAUUUCUAGCCAAAAGCUCAGUCAUAACGUUUCUUUCUAAACCUGGACGUGGAAAAUUAAUUGGCUCAAUGAUAAGAUGACAAUACAUAAAUGCGCACCACCGUAAGGUUUCUGGGUUUGUAAUGGCGCAGGUUGAGAUUUCUAGAGUCUUAGCUGGAAUCAAAAAGGGCCAACACGUCCUUCACAAAGGAGAGCUUAGCACUGUAGCCAUACGUACCUGUUUCCAUCCCCUCGCAAAUUUUUCAUCCAUUUGUAUAGCUUUGUCCAUAUACUUGGUCCCAUAAUCGGACUCCCGCUGAUAAUCUGACUUCACCUUGGCUUCGAAAAUCCUCAACUGCGUACAUCUCCGAGUGUAUUUCUGCCAUGAAGAAGAUCCACAUUCUGAUUGAAAUUUUGACAUUCAAAAUACCAAAACUUCAAAAGCAUUUUAUGGUUGCGCCUUGAAAAAAAUCUUGUGUGUUUUUCGAACCAGAAAGUACUUUCUUGCUAACCUAGUUUUACUAAAUUAAAAAUAUUACAAGAAAUGUGGCAUUAUUAGUGAUAUUAGUUCAUUUAAUUCGCAGAUAAUUGUAAACUAAAAUAUUAUUAAGCGACAAUUUUGCUAUGCAUUUUUUUAUUUGCAAUUCUGAAAAAUACUCGAUAAGUAUAAAAUUAAACUUAAGUUUUUCGAACUUAGUUGCAAUUGUAAAGAAUAUUUUAUUUUA